UCUCUCUUUUUUGAGGAAGUGUCUAAGCAGUGGGUUGGGCGCCUGCCGCCAUGGUUCAAUAUAAAUCCGUGGCGACUUCCUCAAUCCCACUUUGCGGGUUUGCAAAAGUCAAAGGGACCGUCUCACUGCAGGUUCCCAAGUUUCACCGGACAGCUUAAGAGCUCUCGCCGACGAUGUCCUGGAUCGGGUAUGUCACGAGCUUGAUGGAUAGGGGUUACACGGUGGACGCCGCUAUCGUGGGUUGCCUGACCGGCCAGGAGUCCGUAUGGGCGGCGCACCCCGGUGGAGACUUCGAACGGAUCACGCCACAUGAAAUCCAGCGGCUGUUGAUAAAGGACCGCGGCGAGCUGUUCAGUAAUGGGUUGACGCUGGCGAACACCAAAUGCACGGUACUCCGCGACAGGCUAAACGAGGAUGGUGUGUUCACCAUGGACUUGCGCACCAAGGGGACCGAGCUGCAGCCGGACACCUUCAACAUCUGCGUGGGGAAAUCUGGCCAAGCUUUGGUCCUCGUUAAAGGGAAGAAGGAUGUACAUGGAGGGAAACUGAAUCCCAUGGUGGAUGACAUGGCUGCAUACCUGAGGAAGGCUAACCUCUGAUUCCACAUCCACUGACUGGCAGUCCUUUUUUUGUGGAUUUGGACUCCAUUGGCUUCCAUUAAAGAAAAGCCACUCCCCCCCCCCCCCCCCCGAAAAAUCAUCCAUCAGCUGCCCCAUCAUUAUUCAUAUAAACUUCUACCUGCCCCCACCUUCAAAGUUUGACCACUGAGCAAACUCGACUCGAUGCCAAAUAAAAUGAAGUUUAUACCCAA